CAUGCCCAGAGACACACUGCUCCACAUAAAGCCCUCUGUCUGUACUUUGAAAUCUAACUUCACACUCUCCCAAGACAAGUCUUCCAGAGAUGAGCUAAAGGACUCUUUAUUCUUCACGUUGCUGUUCUGGAAGUGAGCUGCUGUCAAUCAGCUGUCAGAUUUGCCCGUCAAAGCCCAGCUAGACCAUGCUCAGGUUAUGACCACAACAAUGAUUCGCUCUGUGAUGUUAUCGGUCCUGAUUCAUGUUUUUCUGGUGUCUAAUGGUGCUCAGUGUUUGGAGCCUGAGAAUGGAGCAUCUCCUGGCCCAGGUGCCCUUGAUCUCCCGUGGCAGGAUGAACUGUGCUGUGACUCACCUGCAGCCCACAGCAGUGUAGAAGGAGGCGGCAAAGACUCGCCGGGGAGAAACGAGUCUGAAUUGCAGCUCCAGCGCCGUCGGCACUGUUACUUCAGGAGCUCCGUAGAUGACUCCAGUCCUCAUGACACAUCUGGCGGCACCUGUUUGGACAUUCGGUGCAGCGUUGAUGAAAACUGGGGAAAUUUAACAUGUGACUUUGGGUCUCGCGGCCAUCCGUCCAGCACGCCGUGGGCUGGGCUCGCGGUGAUCAGACUGCAGCGGCUGAUGUCCCACAAAGGCGCCACAGAGGGAAGUGAUCUUGCGUCUGAUAAUCUUGUUGUCUGUGAAGUGAAGAACUCCUUCCUGUGCUCAGUCUCUCUCAAUCACACCAAAAGUUUGGUCACAGUGGUGACAGUCAGCAUCGCUGACGCUGCAGCUCCACCAGUUCUGCUCCGAGUCCCGGCAUUUCCUGUGAAACCGAAUCCCCCCGUCAAUCUGUCCCAUAUUCAGACGAUUGAAGGAGACCUGAUCUUACAGUGGGACGACCCUUCAGACUCUGAUAACAGCCCAUUGAGGUAUGAGGUCCGGUACUCCUCCAACGCUACUGACCCAGCCUGGCAGAUGGUUUCUGCUUCCGGAGAGCCCAGGCUGUCUCUGGAUCUGAAGGCCACACUGAACUACACGGUCCAGGUUCGAUGCUCCAGCCUGAAGGAGCCUCCACUGUGGAGCGAGUGGAGCGAAGCUCACCACAUCUGCCUGAACAUGGUGAGCUACAUUCCUGAGAAAGUUGUUGUGCGACCGGGGGAGAAUGUGACAGUGUACUGCGUGUUCAACGACCGCAGCAUCAGUGCCAGCACAGCCAUGUGGAUGCUCAACUUAGGGCAGCUUAUCCCUCGCAGUCAGUACCAGACAGUCAGCCAGCGGGUCAGUCAGAUCACCGUGCAUCCGUCAGAGCAUCGGAUGUACCACCUGCUGAGGUGCACGCAGGAGUUUUCCAUUCCUUACAGUCAGAUCUACAUAGAAGGGGCACCAAUUGAUAUAAACUGUGAAACCAAUGGGGAUAUCGAUGCAAUGGACUGCAGCUGGACAAUGACACAGUGGACUAAGCCCAUAUUUAGAUCCAAGUGGGCUGACCUGACAUGUGAUGAGAUGGAGGAGAGGGAGAGGCUUGGGGAGGAUGUGGGGUCCAUGGACCCUGAAUGCACCUCAGUGAAAUCCAGGUCAACAACUUGCAUCAUCCAGCCUCUUCGCAUGAACUGCUACAAGCUAUGGCUGGAGAUGCCGUCCAUGUUCGGCCCCAUCAAGUCCAAACCUGUCUACGUAUCGCCGAUAGAUCACGUGAAACCCAAUCCCCCCACCUCCGUGAGAGCAGUCAGUCAGAGGAACGGGGUCCUGAGGGUCACCUGGGAGCCGCCGUCUCUACCAGCACAGGGUCUUCAGUGUCAGUUUCGCUACCGACCAAAGUCUGUCCUGGGGGACCAGCCAGAGUGGCAGGUCCUGAGCUCGGUGCGGGUUUCCAUGGCGGAGGUCACAGUGUCAGACAUGUGCCAGGUGUAUGCUACACAAGUUCGCUGCAUGCACACAAAUGGCACCGGAUACUGGAGUGAAUGGAGCGAGUCAGUUUACUCCACACCACAAAACAGCAGAGCCCCUGAGCGCGGCCCUGAUUUUUGGAGAAUCCGUCAGGAUGCCUCAUUCGGAAACCAGACCAACGUUACUCUGUUGUUUGAGCACCUCCCUGCAUCCAGAAGCUCCUACUGUGUGGAUGGAUAUAUAGUCCAGCACCAGGGUGCAGGCGGCUUGGUGAAACGGCAGCGAAUCAAGCCGAUGUCUUCUUACAGCUUUGAGUGGAACCAGGAGCCCCAGACUGUCACUGUGGAGGCCUACAACAGUCUGGGAAACUCCUCUGACAACAUGAACAUGACCCUGGACAGAAAGCCUAAACGUCAUUGUGUGCGUUCGUUUCAUGUGGCGGUUGUCAACAGCACGUGUGUGUCGCUGUCGUGGAGCUUGUUGGACAACUGCUCCGUGCCUCUGUUCAUGGUGGUCCAGUGGUCUCCACAGGGGCAGCAACAGUCGGGAGCGAGUGAAGAAACCUGGGCCAGACUCCCAUACACAGACCGCCUCGUUCAUCUGAGGGGCGACUUCUUCUCCUCAGAGGAGUACGGCUUCUACUUGUAUCCUGUGUUUGCUGAUGGGGAAGAACAGCCGGUGUUCACACUGGCGUCCAGAGGAGAUCCUGCAGUGUACAUGAUGAUGAUGAUCAUCUCCUUCCUUUCCAUUGUGCUGUUAGUCACCUUGGUCCUUUCCCAAAACCAGAUGAAAAAGUUUGUGUGGAAAGAUGUCCCCAACCCAAAGAAGUGUUCUUGGGCUCGAGGGUUGGACUUCCAAAAGGUGGACGCCUUUGACCACCUGUUCCGACCUCCAGAAGGCCUGCCUGCCUGGCCACUGCUGCUCCCCUCUGAAAAGAUUUCCAAUGUUAUCGUAGUGGAUAAAACUCAAAAUAUAGCCCUGAUCCAAAACCCACUGGUGUCCCUGACCCCUGAGCAGGCCACUGCAAUAGCGAUCUCCCUGUCCCCAGGAUUUGACCACAAAGUCAGCCAGCCUACUGGGAGUGAGGGUCUUCUGAGUGAAACUCCUUCUGUGACCAUCGCGCUGGACGCUUUAAGCCCUUUAGACCUCAGACCUGAUGAGUUACAGCCAUUUCCUCCUCUGGUGGACCAGCGCCAAGGAGGCACCGACACUUCGGCCCAGUCUUCUGUCACAUAUGCCACCGUGCUGCCCUCAGAACUGAAUCAGGACCAGCAGCCCUUCCAACUUCAUGACAAAGAAAGUAGUGGCAACAGUUCCAGUGAUGAGGGAAAUUUCUCCGCUAACAACUCUGACAUUUCCGGAUCUUUCCCCGGUGGCUUGUGGGAGCUUGACAGCUGUCGCGGUGGGGAUAUGGAUGAUCCCCGGCACUCCUGCUCCUACAACUCUGUGGAGGAGUUCUCUGAAACAUCAGAACAGGAAGAUGAAGUGGACGUGAAGAAGGAGACAGAGUUAUAUUAUCUGGGGAUGGACUAUCAGGCAGAGGAUGAGGAGAGUGAAGAUGAAGAUGAGCAGCAGAGAAGGGAAGAGACAAAAACUGAGCUUCUUAAAAGUGUUUUGAGCAGCGAGGACUGUCCUGUAGAGUCCCACCCGCUGCUCGACCCCGAGGACUCCAGGGAACGACCAUCAGAGAUGCCGUCCAGCUUCUCCUCACUAUACCUGCCUCAGUUCAGAACUGCUGCGUACAUGAGGCAACUCGCAACUCAGAAACACGACAGCACACCGCAGCUGUAACACGCUGGUACACCAUUAAAGCCUGGGUGUAGUUCACCGUGUCAUGAUUCAGCAUUUACCACAGCAGAUUUGCAUUUGUUCCACCAGACAUAAUGAGGUGUGGAGCUGGAAAGAGUAAGCGCACCUCGAUGUGUGAUUGCAAUCAUUGUGGCUUUUGUGUUGUGUGGGAAAAGACAUCGAAAAAGGCACGAGCCUCAUGCAUUGCCAUCUCUUUCUUUUUUCAUGAUCCACAUUAUUGUGUGCAAUAAUGCAAUCGUGCAGAAUCUGUGACUGAUGCUGUUACUUUUCUGGGAAAAAUAAAGCACCUGGUGAGUAGCAGGCCGUGUGCAGGGAAGGCACACUGGUUCAUCAGAAGGGAUUGUAAAGAGUCACCGGGUGACUUUGUGCAUCUGGUGUUAUACGUGCAUAUUUAGGAGGUGGAGUAAUGCGAAUGCCUACUUGCACUUGUUGGCUAAAACACUGGAAAGCAGUAUUUUCCAAUUAAUUUCUUGUGUUUAAAUGGAAGAUGAAAGAGAGUAAAGGCAUACACACAAACCAAGAGAGAGAAAAACCCCAUGAUCUGCACAUUUUUGGCUUCUCAAUGUAGGUUUUACUGUAAAGCCCAACACUUGGAUGUCACUUCAAAGCUUUUGGUGUGUCUAAGUGAGGCCAGCUGAUGGUGAAAGUCAGUGAGUUACUGCAGGUGUCAAGUUGUGCCGUCACAAGCAGCUUGUGCAUUAACAUCUGCAUGAACUGACUCAUUCAAACCCAAAGGAGUUUUUUUGUACUUUGUGCAGUCCUGUAACUGACAUGUGUGAUAUCUAUUUUUGUUCUGUGUUUCAAUAUUUUAAAUUAUAGUUGUAUAUAAAGACAAAAUAAUUUACAUUUGAAUUUAGCAAGAUGACCAAAAUUAUUAUAAAAAUGGAAAUACAAAACAAGAUUGACACAAAUCGAUAUUGUACA